AUGAUACGAUUUAACCAUAACCAUGAACAUAAUGCCCUGGAGACCAGGGGUUCCAUCAAGUUGGAUACAGAUACUAACCUUGUAAAUUCAGUUUUCAGUUGCGGUUUGAAAUGUGACCGCUGGGCUCUAGACAGAAUGGGUGAGCGUCAGACCUACGUGAAGCUCAGUGAAGAGAAACUUAUACCAAAGUCUGACAUCUUGUCACUGCUUAGGACGUACAACUGUUACCACCAAGGGAAAAACUUCCAGCUGCGGACUCGUGAGGAGGAUGGAGAGCUCAUCCUUGAGGGGUUGCUGAACAUCUACUGGGGUCUGCGCCGACCAAUCAGACUUCAGAUGUACGACGACAAUGAAAGAUUUCGUCUCAACCGGAACGAUAUAUCUGCUUUGGCAAAGCAGUUCUCAGCGGAGUCGAACAAUAACUCACUGGGCACAGAGGGUGGACUAGCUAGUGGGGACAUGUUUGGUCAGGAUGAGGAGGAUUCUCCUCAGCUGAUGCGGACUAGGAGUGAUGCCUCCUUCAUGCGGAUUCAGAGGAGGUCAAAGACACACACUGCCAGAGAUUUGCAGCGCUUGCGCACACACAGGUUCUCAAUCAACGGACACUUUUACAACCACAAGACAUCUGUAUUUACUCCAGCCUAUGGAUCAGUCACUAACGUACGAGUGAACAGCUCCAUGACGACUGAACAAGUCCUCAACCUGCUGCUGCACAAGUUCAGGGUGGAGAAUAAGUCUGAGGAAUUUGUUCUUUAUAUGGUGCACGAGUCUGGCCAAAGGACCCGACUGAGGGAUGGUGAAUACCCUCUGGUGACUCGUGUGCUGUAUGGACCCUGUGAGAAGAUCUCCAAAAUCUUGAUCACGGAGGCAGACCUGGGAGAGGAAGUCACUUAUGAUGUUGCCCAAUACAUAAAGUUUGAAGUUCCUGUUUUAGACAGCUUUGUAGAGAAACUUAAGGAGGAAGAGGAACGCGAGAUAAACAAGCUGACUAAAAAGUACAGUGCUCUGAAGUCUAUGAUCCAACAUCAGCUAGAAGGCAAAGCUCACACCAGUGACAGAAUAUGAGUGUUUUUGUAUGAAAUGAUGUAACCUGUGUGUAUGUGUGUCUGUAGUAAAUGUAGAGGUAAAGGUAAAAGGGUAAAACUAAAGGCUAUAAUAGAACCAUAUCAAACACCAAUGUGCUUCUACUCUUAGAAUGACAGUUUGUAUAAUCUGUUGAAGUUACUGUAUUACAUUGAAUUGUAUCACUGCUUUGAUAUCUUUACUAUUAAUAUAUUAGCAUUUUGUAUGAAAAUUCUUACUGCAAAUUUGAAUAUUGAUACAAGCUGUUUUUUGGAAAUGUAUUCUCUGACUUGGACCUUUUUAUGUAAUAAAUCUGUUUUAGUGUGGCCUUU